GUUAGAUACAAAAUGCAGUGCACUGGCUUUCUUUCUAGCAAUCUAGCUAAAGGUCGGACGAGUUUGCAACUUACAAGAGCUGGUUGUUGAAUUGUCCAGCUAGUAAGUCGAGGUACGCAUCUUAUAACAUGGCAACUAGCAAUUGGUCAUAAUAUAUUGAAGACAGACCUCAGAUAUGUUAUUAAAGAAGUAACCAUUUAUAAUGUAUAAAAAAAGACGUCAACUAUUGGGAUUGGAUCUCCUGUACAUGACUGCUCCAUAUAUUUAUCAUAAGUUAGUACAACUGGAAGUUGGCAAAGCAUAUUAUUCAGGAGUUGAGAACUCAUCAUUUCUUGUUCUUGAUAAAAAAGAGUUUGUAUUGCAAUACUGUCUCAUACUUUGCUCUGUCUUUCAUGAAAGUCUUUGUUCUGUGAUCUAAGCCCCCAGAAAAACUUCUUCCUAAAAGUCUGUUUGUUUUUGUUUCUCCUACUGCUUUCGGUCAAUAGCAGUUGGUAUUGUGCUGUCUUUCUCUGGAGUAUCAAAGGCGAGGACAACAAUUAGUUUGCAACCAGACUUAAUUCCUCAUUUUAUUACAAGAAGGAUUUUAGUUGCACUCUCUCAUAUUAAACGUUCGAAUUUGAAGAGAAACUGGAGCUGUUGAUCACAAGUGAUAUAUAAGCCAAACAGACAAGCAAAGAAGAGUAACAUCACAAAAUCAGAAGAACGUACAACCCCCUCUCAAUUGAUCUAAAAGAACGCUAGAGGCACAAAAAGGGAUAGAUGAUUCCACCAAACAGCAUAAGAAAGGGAUAUAUCAUUCCACCAAACAGUUCCACUCGGAGAAGGAUGGAGUAAAUUCGUAAUUUCAUCCGCUACAAAAUUCAUAUGUCAUAUAUAUACCAAAGAGACAAGUAACAAUCAUGGCGUUUCUUAUUGAUAUUGGUACCGGACUUGUUGGAAAACUUGUGGACUAUACGGUUCUAUCAGUUGGACGCCAAGUUGGUUAUCUGAUCUACUACAAUCGGAACGUCAAAAGCCUAGAGGAUCAACUGAAUGACUUGGUUGCUGCCAGUCGGAGUGUGGAGCAGAGGGUUGGUGAAGAAGAGAGAAACAUAAGAGAAGUGGAAGUCCCUGUCAACAAAUGGCUGACAGAUGUCAAAAAGAUCACAGAAGAAGUAAAUAAGAUCUUGAAUGAAGAACAGAAAGAAAAGAUGAAGUGUCUUUGUGGAUUAUUUCCUAAUCUAGUGGUUCGUCAUCAGCUAAGUCGAAAAUCAACAAAAUUGGUAUAUGAUGUUGCUGAGCUUUAUGGGAAGAAACACUUUAGCACUUACGCCCAUGCUAUUAUCCCACAAGAUGUACCCUCCAAAGAUUACGAGGCCUUCAGCUCAAGAACUGUAGUGGUGAACCAGAUAAUGGAUGAAUUGAGAAACAGUCCUAAUAUCAACAUGAUUGGAGUAUACGGGUUUGGUGGUGUGGGAAAGACCACACUUGUCAAAGAAGUUUCUCGUCAAGCUACAGGAGACAAGACAUUAUUUGACGAUGUGGCUAUGAUCCUGGACGUAAGACAAAAUCCAAGCAUCCAAAGAAUUCAACAAGAAAUUGCUGAGAAGUUAGGUCUUGACCUUCCUGAAAAUCAGACUGUUGCUGGAAGAGCACGUCUUCUAUCUAGCAGGGAUAAAAGACCAAAAGACUCUGGUAAUUCUCGAUGAUGUGUGGGAUG